CUUUUUUAUAUGGAAGCUGGUGAUUGGUUAAAGUUAGCAACUGUAAUGUCAGGAUGCAGUUUAAUAAAUCCCAUGGUUAACUAUUUUUUAAGCACAAUGAAUAAAUCGAUUAUAAAAAUUAAUUCACUUCGUGGUCUUUUACUCUCUUCAAUAACUCCAUUUGACUCUUUCUUCUCUCCUGUGAUCUCAAGGAAAUUCCAUUUAUCUGUAAAGUCGCAAUUCUCUACAGUUUCCACACGAAAGCAUUCGUUGAAAAAUUCUUUAUAUUGUCAUAAUUAUUUCCAACCAAUAGCAAUAAAUAUCUCGAAUCUCAUAUUUAAACCAACAACAAAAUGUCGCUAUAUUUCUUCUCUUGAUACACCACAUGACAUUGAACGAGCAGAACGUUGGUUAAAGAAAUUUACUAAAGACACGAUACCAAAGGAAAGUUUCACAAUAUCAUACUGUCGAAGUAGCGGUCCUGGUGGACAAAAUGUUAAUAAAUCAAAUACAAAAGUAGACCUACGAUUUAAUAUUGAUCAAGCAUACUGGAUUCCUGAAUACGCUAGAAAAAAAUUGGUUGUACAGGAAUCAAAUCAUAUAAAUAAAGAUGGCGAAUGGAUAGUGACAUCCGACAGAUCCAGAUCACAGAAACAUAAUCUUGAUGACUGUAUUGACAAAUUAUAUGAUGCGAUUGUCAAAGCUGCGGCUGUUCCAAAAGCACCAAGUCAGGAGACUGUCGACAGAAUUGAAAGGCUAAAGAAAGCAGAAGAUCGCAGGCGAAAAGAAGAGAAGCAAAUUAGAUCGCAAAAAAAGGCAAGUAGAAAAAUUCGGUUUGAUGACUAG